AUGCACGAAAUAAAUCCACGUGAAGCUGAGGAACAGGAUAAGGCCCAGGCCAACAAGGAUGCUAUCCUUGUGGCCAAAGCUCUUGGUCGGCUCGUUGCCUGGCUUGCUGGCGGCAUGGCGGACUGGAAUCACCACUUGCCGUACAUCAUGCGUGUCGGCAGACUUCAUCUCGCCCCCGAUGGCAGUGGCACGAAACACCGCCAGGUUAACCCCAGGGAUACGAGGGAGACCCCCGCCGUUUUCACAAUAAAUCAGCUGAUGCCGACGUAUCGGGACGCUGCCAAGCGCACAGAUGCGGUGUGCGUGUCUCUGGAGAAGCUUCGGGACAAGUGGAAUAAUCUUGAGGCAGGAAAAAGUCCAGCGGAAAAAGGGAUUGCGAUAACGGUUGGCGUGCUUAUGCUUGUUGGCAUUCUCACGUGUCUUGUUUGCUGUGUGUUUCGAAGAGGCGGUCAAUGGCGCGUUCCUGGGCUGCAAUGGUUCAAGAAGAAGUUUGGUCCAAAGGACAAGUACUCGCGAUAUAUGGAUAACCAGGACGAUGGAUUUUAA